CGGACUACAAAAGACACAUAUAUAUCUGCUCCUCUCCUCCCGUUCACUUCUCAUUCCAUAUCUCUCAACUCUCAACCACUUUCCAAACACUCUUCACAAAACAAAAACAAACCUCUUCUAUAUAACUCAAAAUGUCUUUCCACCUCUCCGCCGAAGAUAUCCGCAUCGAUGACAACCACAUCCUCAGAGCCCGUCUCAGAAACGAGAACGGUGACUGGGAAGAUGCUGAGAUUGAUCUCAACCAAUACAUCGGAAACCAAGAUGGCAUGAUUCACUGGGAUGGCGAGAACUUCUCUCACAGCGCUGAGAACGUCACAUUCUCCAUUGAGGGUGGUGGACAAGUCCCAGUUCUCCGCACUUUCCUCCGCAGCAUCGAUGGCGAAGAGUUCAGCCGUGAUGUCAACCUUGCUGAGCGUAUUGAGAACCACAACGGACGAUUUGUUUAUGUUUAAAUGUUAUAUGCUUUAGCUAGUGCAGUCUAAAGAAUGAGAAUAUCCUUUCAAGCGUUACAAAUAUUCGUUUUGGUGCAUUACAACAUUGACUGCUUGAUUGAAAAUCCUUUCUUAUGUCUUCGUGUACCAAUUAACCUUGGCUCGUUCUAUGU